AUGUUACUAUGGAGGUACAACUAUCAAGCAGCCUACAUUGACUGGGGCAAAACAGGCAAUCUCAGUGAAGCGCAUAUAGUCGAUCUAUCUGAGGAAACACUCUGCAACUAUGCUGCAUCCUUCAUGAGCAGAGAAGCUGGCAGUACAGUUAGAGCAAAGCUUGCUGCGGUUAAAAAUCCUAGUCACGACCAAGGGCUUUGGUUGGCGUGGUGGCAUUCAGUUGCGAGAGGUGCUCAAUGGUGUCGAAAGAGCCACUCCCACCUUGUCCUUCCGGUCAAAGCGGAAUGGCUCAAUCUCCUACAUGAUGACUUGGAUAACACAGGUCAAGGUGCCUUCAACAGCUGUGUCACAGCGUGUGCGGACUUGGUGUUCUAUGGCCAGCUGAGGCUUGGAGAAGUCUUGUCACAUUCCCCACUCACGACCAACUACAACAGCUCAAAGCUGCUAUUAGUUCGCGACCUCAACAUCCCUCACAUCUCGGACCACAAAUCAUCGGCCAAACUACGACUUCCUUGUACAAAGACCCACCAGGCAAGGGGCGAAUCGGUGGUCCUAAUCAACCAUGAUAUCAAGUCUAAUGCUGUACGAGCAUUAUCCCACCACAUCAAGGAGAACAACCUGUCACCAGGGGACCCACUGUUUGCCUACUGA